AUGUAUUGUUCAUUGUUCAAUACAGCUUUGAUAACCUCUUUUACAAGACUUAUGAAACAAUGUCAAGCAUUUCUGAUUGAACGGCAAAUGAUAAGUCGAGAAAGCCAGUUUUUUUGUCCCAAUCCCCAUCCUCAAGCCGCAGUAUAUAUUGUUGCAUGGAUCAUGGAAUUCUGCGAUACAAUAAAUCUCGACGGUAGCUCAAUUCCAGCAAAUGUAGAAAAAUCAACCUAUACACAUGCUCAGAAGAUGCGAGCAGCUGCUACGUUUGGAUUUGGACGGAUUCAUGGCUUAGGAAUGCAGGCAUGGCACAGCAGUGAAAUUACGGGGAAGAUGCUUGGCAAUCCAUCUGUUUCUGAGAUCGUUUCUACUUAUAUGCUCAGCCUUCGUCGUCGGAAAGCAAGUUAUUACUUUCAAACAUCAUCUUCUCUCUUGCUUCGAACUUCACUAGAUAUCAAGCCGUUUGUUUUCUGGGAAAUGCCAGAAGAAUAUCAGCACCUGUGUGUUGUACGGGCCUAUGCAAGAUGGGUUCGGAUUACAGGACUGAAAGAAGGAUACCUUUUUCGAAAAAUACGGGCAAAUGAUCAUCUCGCAGAAGAGAAUGAACCAAUGGUAAAUUCUAUCAACUCAUUCCUCCGUUAUUGCUCAAUAUACUUGUAG